AUGCUGCGCGAGACGAGGGAGGGAGAGGAGGAGGACAAGGAGCUUGUUGGCGGCAGCGACGGCGGUCGUCUGAGGAAGGAGGCGCUCAUGGAAGAGGUGGUUAACCAUGAAAUAACAUCCGGAAGAGGGUUGCAAAAUGAAAUAAAUAUUUCUGUGGCCAGUAAAACACAUCAUUCACCUAGGAUAGAAAUGUCACAACAAAAAAGAAUGAGAAGUGAAACUUCAUCAGAUCCCAAAGUUUGGAAGCGGUGGCUUGAUGAGUUAUUGGAUGAAGAGGAAGAAAGCACUUCCUAA